GGGCUUAGAAUUUGGAAACCAAAAUCUAAGCGGUAAUGCGUGCCAAUGAAUUAGUUAGCUCCACGUCCAUCGUGGAAAACUUGGAAACCUUCCGUCGUCAUUAGCCUUUUAGUAGCUACUCGGUUUUGCUACUAGCAGCGAUUUCAUAGAUAACACGUUAGGUUAGGUUAGAAUAAUCAUGAUAAAAAAUUCGAGUAAAAAAAACAAAACGAUUAACUCAAAUGUGGAUGUGAAUAUUCCAUCAACAGAAGAAGAAAUAUUUUUGAUGUCCGAUUUAUUUCUUGUUGUAGUUACCUAUAACUAUUCUAAGAAAAAUAAUCCUCUGUUUUCAUUUCAUAAUUCUUCUGCAAUCAUUUCCAGUUUCAUUUUUAUAUUUUUGCCAAUAUAUUGAAAGAAGUUUUGGAAGCCCUCAUUUUAAAAUUACCGAAAAGUGUACACGCACCACUUUGGCAAUGAUAACUCUAACAAUCAUAUAACAAGAAACCAUUGGUCCGAAAUUAUAUUUAUUCUAAAAAUGAUCAAAUAUACCAGUAAGAAUCCAAUUGUAGUAAAUAUAUUUUUGUUCCAGAUGGUCGUAAAAUUCAAUUAACUCAACAUAUGUUAGAAGAUAGAAGAAAUCGCUUAGUUAAAAAUUUAUAGACUUCACCUACAAAAAUGACUGAAGAUAAUCUAUUGGAGAAUCACAGAAUGUUAUCAAAAAUCAGUAACAAUAAUUGCCCAACAAAUGAAAUACCAGAUGAGCAGUCCACUUUAUCCCAAGAGUGCAAUGGUAGGCACAGAGAUGAAGAAAUUGAAAUGGAGUGUGGUCUUGGACCUUGUGCACCAAAUUGGCUACAAAAGUUUGCGUCGAAACAAUCGUUUUUAAUAGUUUUUUGUUUAGCUUGGGUUCUUCAAGGAAUGUACCACACUUAUUUUGUUAGCGCUAUAACUACCAUCGAAAAACUUUUUCAAAUUCAAUCAAAAAUAACAGGAAUUAUUAUGAGUGCGACGGAAAUAGGACAAAUUGGUUCUUCUUUAUUAUUAACUUAUUACGGAGGGCAGGGGCAUAGGCCCAAAUGGAUAGCUUGGGGUAUGAUAUUAUUCGCUAUGUCUUCUUUAACUUGUUCACUUCCACAUUUUAUUUAUGGACGACAUUUAAUAAACGCGAACGAAUUAACAGGAGUUUUUAAGGAUCCAAAUAUAUGCAAAGUAAAAUCCAACACAUCAUUUCUAUUAGAUUAUGCAAAUCUUAGUUUUGCUAGUAAUUUGAGUACGAGUACCCUGGAAAAUUGUCAAAAUGAAGCAGUUACUUCAAGUUUUCGCUUAGCACCAUCGGUGACCAAUAUCGUAUUAGCAAUAUUUUUUAUUAGUUUACUCGGAGUUGGUAUGGGCCAAACAGCUGUAUAUACAUUAGGGAUUCCUUAUAUAGAUGAUAAUGUGGCCAGUAAAGAAUCGCCAUUGUAUUUUGCCAUAACAAUUGGAGUUAGGAUAUUAGGCCCAGCUUUAGGUUUUAUUGUUGGAUCUCUGUGUACAAGUGUGUACGCAGAUUUAUCUGUAAAACCUCAAUUCAAAACGUCAGAUCCAAGAUGGGUCGGCGCUUGGUGGCUAGGUUUGGUUCUUAUAUCCUUCUUGUUAAUGAUAGCAUCAUUUGCGAUGUUUGCAUUUCCUAAAAGACUGACAGGAUCAAAACAACCUGUAAUGAACCCACAAAGUCCUGAUCAAAAACAGCCUACUAUAAAAGAUUUUCCGAAAACGGUAAAGAGGCUAUUAAAAAAUGAUAUUCUUAUGUAUAGAACAGCUAGCAGUGUAUUACAUAUUUUACCAAUUGCUGGACUCUACACAUUUUUACCCAAGUACCUGGAAACACAAUUUAGACUACCUACACCGUCAGCAAACAUGAUUUCAGGUGUCGGUGGAAUUCUUGUAAUGGGAUUAGGAAUCAUAAUAAGUGGAGUAUUUAUUUUAAGAAUGAAACCCAACGCUAGAUUUGUGGCUGCUUGGAUUGCAUCUACGGCAGUUCUUUAUGCAUUAGGGAUGGGAUUACUUAUGUUUAUUGGAUGUCCAAUGAAUGACUUAGCAGGAUUAAUGAAUCACGGAUUUGAUACGAAACAGUUAAAUUGCAAUUCAUCUUAUUGUGAUUGCGACAAAGAUAAGUUCACUCCAAUUUGUGGACAAGACGGAAAAACUUACCUCUCACCCUGUCAUGCAGGAUGUUUAAAUUAUACAGAAAAUGAAGGACAAAUUUCACAGUAUUCAGACUGCAUGUGUUUGAAUAUGACUCUUGCAAAUAUUACUAUUAAUGAGAACCACUUAUAUGGUAACGCUACAAUAGGAUACUGUGAUCAGGAUUGUGAUAGUUUCAUUUUAUAUAUUAUUUUAUUUUCCAUAUUUGUUUUCAUUCAUUCCACUGGAGAAGUGGGGUCUAUGCUGCUUAUCUUAAGAUGUGUAGAUCCUAGAGACAAAGCGAUGGCAUUGGGUCUAAUACAGUUUGCAAUAGGAUUAUUUGGAAAUGUACCUUGCCCUAUUGUCUAUGGAGCUGUGGUAGACUCUGCUUGUUUGGUGUGGAAAACGGCGUGUGGUGAAAAAGGAGCUUGUGGCCUAUAUGAUUCUGAUGUAUUCAGGAUGUUUUACCACGGUACAACAGGUUUCAUACUAUUGUGUGCAUUUGUGGUUGAUGUAAUAGUAUGGUAUAAAGCUGGUAAAAUCAAUUUUGUGGACGAACAGGCGGUCUUUGAAGAGGAAUUACAUUCUAUGACUGGAAAGAUGAAAAAUGAACCGGAAUGACAAAUGCCUAUGUUGGCCUUUUCGCCAGUAAGUCAAGCUUAGUUUUUAUGGCUAUACCAUCACAAUCAAGACCUUGUCAAAUGUGUAGAUGUGAAAAAGCAGACUUCAUUAUAAAUUGUGCUAAUUCUAAAUUAUCUAUAACAUAUAUCGAAAUGUUUUUUCGGUUAAAUUAUUUAUUUCAGAGAAACAAAAUUAGUAAGAGAUUGGAGAUAUGUUGAAAUACAUAUAAUUAGUUGUGAAUAUUUAUAUAGUAUGAAAAUAAUGAGUAAUUUAAAGAUAAGAUAAAGAAAGAUAAAUUUUGACGUCAAAAUUUAUCUUUCUUUUAAAAACUAUAAAAAAAAAACAAUUUUAAAACAGAAGAGACCUAAAAUCAAGAACACACACACACACACACACACACACACACAUAUUAUAUUGGGAACGUGGCAAGAAAACACCAAUGUGGACUAACUUCAAUAUAUUUUCCGAGCUUUCGAAUACUUAUGUAUCCAUCGUCUUGGACCGAAAUUAUGGUCAAAUACAAUAUAAGAAUUAUUUCUUGUAUUGUAUAACAUAUGUAUAAAAGCAUACAACAAUGAAAAUUACUUGAGGAUUGUGAUGUGUGAUUUUUUUUUUAAUUUAACAAAACUAAAAUUUAUGAGCUUAAAAAAUCAAUAUCCAAAUUUACACGUGACAUAAAUAUGAAAUUAUUGAAUCCUUUUACUAUUCAAAUUGUUGUGAGUUUUUAUUAGUUGGAUUAUGAAUGACAAUACAUUUUUAUGGGUUAGAUUAGGUUACAUCGUUUCAGAUGAAGAUGGUUGUUUAUUGGUUAAUUAUGAACGACAUUAAUUUUUUAUCGGUUAUCUCAGGUUAUUUGGUGACUGAUGUAGUUGAUUUUUUUAUUGAAAUUGAUUUUUCAAAAUCAUGACGACAUGUCAUUCAUAAUCAAAUCAAUAAAAAUCCACAAAACAAUUUGAAAAGCAACCAAAUUCGAUACAUUAUAUUUAUGUCACCUAUGUGAAUAUUGAUUUUUGAAAUAUGCGAAUAUGAUAGUUUUAUUUAAAGAAAAAUUUAUUCAAUACGCCAUUAUCCGUAAUUGAUUAAUGUAAAUUUCAGUCCCCAAUGAUGAAUCCAUAAGUAUUCGAAAGUUCGGGAUAUAUAUUGAAAAGAGUUCACGUUGGUGUUUGACUCUAACUCUAACAAAGAAUACGUUCACGGUUGCAUACGAAGGACAUUGAUCACCAAGGGUAUUAAGCAUAUCUUCGUAAAUCUGCUUACCUCUUAACCCUUUUAAAUACAGGUACUUGAUGAUGACUCCAAUUUUUCGAUUUUUACAAUAUCGGUGGACAUCUUUUUUCUUUCAAUUUAUUGCGUAACUCUGGUUUACUUUUUUGAUGCCCAACUUCACACCGACUCUUCUAAUAAGUUAUUGUUCAUAGCUAUGGUAACGCAAUAUUUUUUUUAUGCAUUGAACUGGUCUAGGCUAACUAGAUAUCAAUACAUCCUUGUAUAUAUACAUUUAUUUUUCAAAUAAAUGAGUUGGUUGUUGAAAUGAUGAGAUUUAUUUAUUACUAAACCAGACAUAAAUAAUAUAGAUAUUUUCUAGAUAAUUUUCACAUAUUAUCUUCAACCAAAUAUUUCUGUAAUAUUCAAGAUCUCUCAUUAGAAAUACUUUCGCAUUUUAGUUCCACUUUCAAUUGUUCCAAAUUCCAAUCCACGAAAAAUAGUCAGGUUUUACGCCCAUAAUUUAUUUCGAUACUUGUGAUUGUGUUGAACUUCAGUUGCAUUUGGAUAUAAGUUUGGAAGCACCAUAAAAUUGGAUAAAACAAACCUUGUAUUUAUGAAUUGCCGUGAAUUUAAAAAGAAUAUUGAAUGAACAUUCUAAUUUAAUAUGAAAAUGAAAUAUCCGCUUUCUUUAUUCAAUUUUUGAAAAGCAUCUUUUUCUAGCUUGUUCCCUCACUCACUAAUAAUUGCCACAAUUGUUUUUAUUUCGAAAUAGGUCCAUUUUUUGCUCUGGUAACUUCAUCCUAAAUAAUUAAAUUAGAGAGGUCAAACAAAAUGAAGUGUUCAUUCAUUUAAAACAUUUCAAUUUAUAGCUGUUUUAAUUUAUCAGUUUCAUUUUGAAAUUGUGAAGAUAAAGAUUUGAAUAAUGACGUCGGAAACAGCCACAACCUCUAAUGUAUAAAAUAACAUAAUAAUAUACAUAUAUGUCUGUUCUUUAAAAAUAACAAGACAAUGAAUUUGAAAAAUGAGAAAGCUUACAGGAGGUUAUCAGGAGGACAUUUUCUAUCUAGGGUCACGUUUGGAUAUUUUUAAAAAUUUCCAAAAUAAUUUACAGUUAAGAUAACAUAUAAUCCGCUACAUUAAUAAAACUUAAACGUGACCGAAUAGGGAUCCAAAUUCAGCUGAAUUAAACCUAACUUCCUUGUUACUAACGAAUAAUUAUUUAGAUUAUAAUUUAAUCACUUCCAAUUACGUAAAGUAAAAAAAAAUUGAAAUCAGUGAAUAUAGUUAUAACCAGACAAAAUUUUUUUUAUGCAGUAAUUAUAGCCCUUAAAAAAAUCCUAUGAUUUCAGACAAGAUAAUUUAGAUGUAAUGCUUUCAAGACUGUUUAUUUUUAUCUAUUAAAUGAAUGAUAUUCACAAAAGAAAAACUGAAACAAAAGUCGAGGUAUAUCAGAAAAGUAACUUCUUACUAGACUAGCGAAAUUUUCGUCAAAAUUCUGUAUACGACUACCAUGCAAUGAAAUACUAUUAAAUAUGCAAUCAAAAAAUAUUCAGUUCAGCUACCGAUAAAUAAAUUAACAGUGUCUAUUUAAAACAAUUGUUUCUGAAGAUUGGUUGACGAAACUCAAACUACGGGCGUAUCAUUAUAGAGUAUUUCAUUUCUUCUCCUGAAGGAACCGCUAAUAAUAGCUCUUAAAACGUCAGAAUGACGCGGUUUCAAUGCAGAAGUUCAUCUUACAUUUGAUACAUAAUUUCCAAGUUAAUUUGUGUUACAUUCAUUCCACACUACUGUAAUGCUAUAAAUUUAUUGAAUAAGUUUACUGAUUAAUAAAAGUUUCGGUUUUGAUGAAACUAGUAAAAGGGGUCGAUAUUCUAAGUAACUUGAUAAAAAAUCAUUUAUAAAUAAAAAUAAGUUCGUUGAUCUUUAUUAAGCAAAUUAAUAUUUAUUAAACGGUUGUUUCAAUAGCUUUUACACGAAUAGGAUGGUAUCUUAUCUAUUUUACCCAUUGUUACAUAAUAUAAAAUAUUUACUAAGAAAUUAAAUUUACAAUCUCUAUGGUAUCAUAAGCUUUAUCAUAAAUAGACUGAUAAUAAGAAAAAUUUCGUAUAAAAUCCAAAUGUUAUUUAUAAUAUACACAAAUUUCUAUUUUGUCGUAAAUCCUAUUAGACCAGAACAGAAGAAAAAAAUGUAGAUUAACUUGACCAUAACUUC